GGUCCGGAUGUUGUCAAGGACAGAAAAUUCUGUUGUCUCUGUCUGACGCUUGCGCCAUUGUGUUUCCAUGAGUCGUAGUUACCGCACGUCGUGGUGUACCAGUGGUGAAUUUUACCGCCGGACUUUCCGUAGAAAACAUUAACGUGAGUUAUAGUCUCAGUGAUUUUACCAGAAUUUUGAAAUUCGUGCAUCAAUAGAAGUCAAUUGGAUCAACAUCAGUUAUGUUGUCACUGUACAACGUGAGGAUCAAGAAAGAAUGCCAAAUGUGAGGAGAUUGGGUAAAGAGAGGUUUCGGAAAAUGCGUGCCCAAAAAUUAGCGAGAAAAUCUGCAAGGAGUGCACUCGAAAGAUCAAAGGAAUCGCGAGAUGAGAGGAGACAGAGAGCCUCGACCUCAGAAACGUUGAGACAAUCUUCUUUACCGGCUGAUGUCUCUCCAACGGUUGAUAAUGCCAGGGAGACACCAUCGACAAGUACGAGACGAUCGAGAAAGUCAGGUACCUCUAGACCAACGUUACCAUACGCAAGUUUUGGUGCCGAUACCAGUGCACAUCGAUAUUUUAAAAAUAAAUUUCACGACAAUCCAUUCGGUUUGACCUGCGACAUAUGCGAUCGGCUGUGGUUCCAGAGCGAAUUGAAAACAUUAACUCUACAGCAGCAAAAAAUCAUAGCUAGGAAAUUUCCGAGUCAGGAUGUCAGUAAAUUCUCUGCCUGCAAAGGCUGUAUUCAGGCACUGGCUCGAGAUAACAUCCCCACGUUUGCAAAAUUCAAUGGGUUUCAGUACCCGGAUAAACCACCGCAUCUACCUCAAUUGAACUCAAUAUCAGAGAGACUGAUUUCCCCAAGGAUUCCAUUCCUGCAGAUCAGACGAUUGCGAAAUGUACAAAAUCAGGAUGAAAUUUUCACGCAAAUUGUCAAUGUCCCGGUGUCUGAGAAUAAUAUGGUGUACCAGUUGCCUAGGAGUCUUUUUGAUGAUCAUUGCAUCAAUGUGAGACUGGAUCAGAAGAGACUUUACGAGUCAGCUGAGCUGAUGGACUUUGUUAACAAGCCGGACAUUCAGGUUUGGUUGGAUUACUUGUUGACAACUCCCCUUUACACGACGUAUGACAUAAAGAUCUAUGAGCCCUUCUUCGAUGAUAAAAAUUUUGACAAGGUGCCGGUUGUCAAUUUAGAAAAUAUUCCGAAGGAGAGGAACAUCAAUCUCUAUUCCCAGCAACAGACGCUGCUGUGGAAUGUCGAUAAAUACCUGCAGAAUGUAUCGAGCGAGGUUAACGUACCGUACAGUAUGCUAUUUGAUGAUCACGCUGAAGAGCUCUCGUUCCCAACCAUCUACCUCGGUCAAUUUCGAAUCUUCAAAGACGGCUUUCGAAUCACACCAUUCACAAUUGUCACCAGUGAGCUGCGACGAACAGAUCGUCGUGGAGUAACUCCUCAACAUCUUCUCUACAUGGCGAUGAAGAUAAUGAGGAUGAGAGUUCACGACGCCCUCAGUGCUACCAGUAAAUUCGUGGGGAAAGACUGGAAUGCUGUCAGAGAGCACAUGUUCUCUGAGGAGUACUUAAACCAUAGUCUGGAGACGAAUCUUGCCUUUCUGAAAUGCAUUCCCAAUUCCAGUUGGUACUGGGCAGAGCGCAAACGAGAUCUCUUUACAAUGUUGAGACAACUGGGAAAACCCACGAUGUCUCUGACUCUCAGUACCAAUGAAACCGGCUGGCUUCCCCUCAUUCAGCUGCUGUACAGACUAAAGCAUGGGGUUGAGAUUUCAGAGAGGCAAGCGUCGCAGUUGGAUCUCGUUGACAGAAGUCUUCUUGUCAACGAGGACACUGUCACCUGUGCUAUUUACUUCAGUAAACUGCUGAAUGUUCUCAUGACGAUUCUCCAGUCAAAGAAGAGCAAUCCCUUCGAGCAGUACCACGUCACUCAUUACUUCCAACACAUUGAGUUCCUUUACAACGGAAGCCCUCAGGCUCGUAUCCUCCUAUGGCUCAAUAAGGAUCCGAAGGAUCCACUUGGCGCCAACGCAGGACAUACUCUCAAACUCAUCGAUAAACUCAUCUCGGUUUCACGGCAAGAAGCUUCUGGCUUCAUCGAGCAUCAAAUUCAUCGUCACACUUUUCAAUGUUACACUAAAGAGAGUGGAAUUGGGCCUGGGGCAUGUAAAUUUGGAGCUCCUUUCCUGCCUAGUCGAACAACAAUGGUAUUAAUACCUCAUCUCAAGACUGACGUCAGGUACGUGAUCAAUCUUGAGCAUUACAAGAUCAUCAGGAAGAACCUGGAGAUCAACAAUUACGUGGACUUUGAUUCAUUUUAUGAUGCAAAUGGCAUUACAUCUGAUGAACACUACGUAGACAUCAUUCGAGCUGGAAUCGAUCGACCAAAAAUUCUCGUGAAACGAGAACCCAGUGAGACGUGGCAUGAAAGCUUCAAUCCAUUCAUUCUCAACAUUCUUAACGCAAAUAUGAAUAUUGACUUUAUUUCCGAUAAGUUUUCGUGUGCUGACUACGUUGCAGAUUAUCUAAAUAAGGCUAACAGAGGGAUCAGUGAUCUGCGAAGAAGAAUUCUCGGGAUAAUGAAGGACCGUCCAACCUUCAACAUGACUGAAAUCACCAAGGAACUCAGCGCAGAAAUCCUGAGGACUGUUGAAAUCACAACACAAGAAGCUGCUUGGUAUCUUCUUCGGGAGCCCACAUCAAAGACUUCGACUCCGGUGAUUUACAUUCCCACAGUGCGACCUUCGGAGCGACCCAAAAUCAGGAAGAACCAUCACCAACUGAUUGCCUUGGACGUAGAUGAGGAUUCCCCAGAGGUUUGGAAGGAGAACUGGUACGAUAAGUACGAGAAGCGGCCGAAGGAUCUUGAGAAUGUUACUCUUGCACAAUUCGUCGCAAACUACACUAGGAAUUUCAACAACUCGAGCUAUGUGAGACGAAGGGAUCCUUGCCUCAUACGUUAUCACAACUAUGACAUGAUGACGGACCCUGAUGAGUACAGACGGGAGAUGGUGACGCUGCACGUACCUUUUCGGAAUGAACAACGAGACAUCAUUGCUAACAAUCGAUUCAUUCAGCUCUACAAUAAGCACGAGCAAGCGAUUUUCGAUCAGCGACGAGACUUCGAGUCUGACCUGGAUGUUCAGAGCACCAUCAACAAGUUCAGACAGUUUCGUGAUGAGGCGGUCGAGGAUGAAAUAGUUGAGGUGCCAAUUUUGAUUCCCAUUGAACCAGAAUCAGAUCCUCUGGCAGGACUUGAUCCCGUGGUUUCAGAGAUGGAUUACAAGAGCGACUCAAGCACUGUAACAUCGGACUCACCGAUCUUCGUGAAGAGGGAGAUGCUAGAUGAGUCUAACACGAAUUCCAUUCUCUUUGGCCUUCUUACCAAGACUGGUUCACCAUUUAAAGUCUUUCUGAGUGGUUCAGUAUCAUCUGCAAAGCCAUUCAUCAUGCGCAUUAUGACAGAAAUCUAUAAUCGUUACAAAAACGCCGACGAAAAUUGCGGUAUCUUCACUAAUUACUCGUCAGUUAACCAGAUCGAAAUUGGCACCAGUUCAGCCAUCUCAACAAUUCUCAGAACUUCGCUUCCUAACAUGUUAUCGUUGUCCGUCGAAAGAGCUGAGCAAUUUCGAGAUCUCUUCGAUUCCAUUCAAAUUGUCGUUAUCGAUGAAGUGGAUGCGAUCGGUGCCAGCGUCGUGGCGCAGAUUGAUACCAAACUCAAGCAGAUAACUGGGUGUUUCGACCUAAAUUUUGGGAGGAUGAGUGUGAUUCUUGUUGGAAAGCUGGCGAAGCUUCCACCGGUUCAACUCGUGUCGUCGAGCAAUUUAUUGAAUACACUCAAGUUCCUGGAGUUGAAGAACGUUAUGCAGCAGUCCAACGCGUUAUUCAAAGUGAUAUUGACUAAAAUGAAAGCUGGCAAUAAUUUCGAAGAUUCAGAGUUGCGAUUGCUCGAGUCUCGAUUCUUCUCCGAGGAAGAAGCUGAUCGACUUUGUCCGCAUGGAAUCCGAAUUUUUCAAUCUCACCAGUCGGUUAACGAUUACAACCGAACGAUCCUCGAUUCUGCUGAGAACAAGAUUGUUUCGACGGCGAAUGACGUUCUCAUGGGCUGUAGCAGUGAUGAGCAAGAAACAUAUGUCCAGGAGUUCCUCAAGAUGUCGAUCGUCGAGACUCGUGGGCUUCCUUACGAAAUCAUAUUCGUCAUGUUCAAGCUGUAUAUGGUGACGACAAACUAUGAUGUUGGAAUUGGAUUAGUUGCUGGUGCCUUUGUCCAACUAGUCAGCAUCGAGCGUCAUGUGUCUGGGGAGGUGACCAAGGUUUGGCUAAAGGUGAUGAAUCCUCAGAGAAGUGGUGACAAAAGUGCUAACAGGAAGAGAAAACGAAUUUCAUCUGGAUCUGGCAACGGGUUCGGGGAUAACAUGGUUCCAAUGGUUCGACGAAGGUGGAGUGUUCCUUUGAAUGAUGAAAAGACAAUAAUCGCGACACGCGAUCACUUUCCAUUGCUCCCUGCUUGUGCGGUGACGCCUGACGUCAUUCAAGGCAAGAGGUUCGACGAGAUGGUUUGCGAAUACAGUGAAAACCAAACACAACAGCAAGUCUACUCGACGCUGUCGAUAGCUACGAACAUCACGAAUCUCUACAUCAUCAACCAAAACAACGAUUCAACGUUCCAUCAUGGAAGGAAGACAGCGCCUCUAGUGGAUCCGUUAGCCCAAACUCCGUCAGAACUUUUAGAUCUCACUGAGGACAAGUCUCUGGUCAUGGACAAGGUCUUGAUAGACUUCAUCAUCGGGAGGAAGACUAUAUCAGUCCUGUCAUUUGAUCAUGAGACUCAAAUGAUCGCCUCAGCUGAUCUCAAUGCCGUCGUCAGUAAAAAACCGAAUGUUCUUUUACUUCUGGAGACCUACCCCGAUGACGAAGACAGGUUCAAAGUACCUGACUUUAACUGUGAAAUGAGGUUCAAGUGCUCGCGUGUCAGAACCAAUUCAGUUGCUAUUCAUCAUGAAGCGUACGACAAAAUGAACAUUGUUACUGAACAUAUGGAUAUUCAUUUUCGUAAGAGUGUCUCUCUCAUCAGCAAUAGUUCAGAAGUUGGAGAAAUUUGUGGGGCUCGCUGUCUUCUGGAUAACGACCAGAUUAUUGUAACGGCUAUGAUUUAUGUGUCGCCAGGUCACAGCGUUGGGAAACUCCUAGAGUUCAUCCACGAGGUGUUGCUUGGUUACACUGUCCAGGGGGCAGCAUUACUCAAGAAAGAUUUUGAUAAGAUACCGAUGAUCUUCGGCGGACACUUCAACAUGAAUUUCACUACCCCGGAGGCGCAACCACUCAUUAACUUUUUGAAGAGCCAAUUUGGUUUGAUUAUCAAUAAUGAUCCAGCCAUUACACCCAGUGACAGUGGGGUUACCAUUGAUGCCCUAUUCAGCAGAAAUCUCGACAUGUUGGAAUCCACGAGUUACGUGUUAUAUUCGAGUUACGAUAGACGUGAUGAAGAUGAUAAUGAUGGUUCAUAGUGUCCAUAUUUGAUAUUCAUGUGUAUUAUUGUAACAUGAUUUGCAGAUUGUAAGAAGUCAUGUGUAAAUAUAGCUUCGACUUUCCUAUAAUUUUUUAUCAAUUGAUAAUACCGUUAAACAAUAAAUAAA